UCUUCCAUCAGGAGAAACUAUGGGGUUGUUUGGGAAGCAGAAGUCAUUUCUGCUUCUGGCUUCUGCUUUUCUUGACCCGUUUGUGUAAAGAAGUAGGAGUACUUUUAAUAAGCUGAGAAUGCUAACUUCUCUCUCACAGCUUCUGCUUCUUUUCCAAACACUUUAUUAACUUAUUUACUUCUCACUUCUACUCCACUUCUUCACUUUAAGUAUUGAAUCACUUUUUUUAAGCUUGGCCAAACGGCCCCUAUAGCUAAUGGGUUGCUUUAAGAUCUGCUUCGGUACUUGCAAGAAUCAAAAAGUACCCACAAAACAACUUCUACCAGCUCUUCACAAUGAUAAGCCCACCAAGCCGGUAGUGCAAGUACCAAAGUCUGUCAUUUUUGAAUUCAGCUGUAGAAAUAAAAUUGAUGUUCUGGCAGAUGGUGAUAAUAAAGAGAAAGAAAGUGAAAUUUACAAUCUUGGAAAUCAGAAGUGUACAAAUUUGGUGAAUGAGAAAGAAGGGAAUGUUAUUAGAACUGAUAAUUUUUUGGAUUAUGGUUUGUCUAAACUCGAAAAAACUGCUGGUCUUGAAGCUCAGGAGGAGUUAAAUGAAUCACUCAAUAUAGCGAAAAUUGGUGAUUUGUUACAAGUUUCUUCGGAUAAGCAAGUAAAUGGUUUAUACAAUGUCCGUCAGUUACUACAAGAAAGAUCUUCAGAUUCAUUAUAUUCCGCGUCUGCUGGGAAUUCAAAUGGUUUAGAUGAUGUAUUAGCUCAAGAAGAGUCUUCUGAAUCUCUAUUUUCGGUGUCUUUGGGAUCGAAAAAGAAAGUUAAUGCAGCUGAAACUGAUGAUGAUGUUCGCGAAGAGUCAUCUGAUUCGCUAUUUUCAGUGUCAGUUGAAUCGAGAAAGCAAUUCAACUGUGUAGAUAAUGUGGAUCAGUUAGUCCAAGAAGAGACUUCUGAUUCACUAUUUUCGGUGUCUGUUGGAUCAAGAAAGAAGGUAAAAACAGCUGAAAAUGGUGAAGUUUUAGUUCACGAAGAGUCUUCUGAUUCAGUAUUUUCUGUCUCAGUUGAAUCGAGACAGCAAUUCAAUGGUUUGGAUAAUGUAGAUCAAGAAGAGUCUUCUGAUUCGCUAUUUUCUGUGUCAGUUGGAUCAAAAAAGAAAGUAAACAUAGCUGAAAAUGGUGAUGUUUUAGAUCAAGAAGUAUCUUCUGGUUUGCUAAUUUCUGCAUCAAUUGAAUCGAGAGAGCAACAAAAUGAUUUCGAUAAUGUGGAUCAAUUAGUUCAACAAGAGUCUUCUGAUUCACUUUCUGUUUCUGUUGGAUCAGAUAAGAAAGUAAAUGCUGCUGAAAAUGGUAAGUUUUUCGUUCAAGAAGAGCCUUUAGGUUCGCAAUUUUCUGCAUCGUCUGAAUCGAGAAAGCAAGUGAAUGCAGUUGAAACAGAUGAAAAUGAAGUUACUAGUCCAAUAUCAUUGGAGGUGAAGCACAUUUGUAAACAUGAUAAUUUGAGCCCUGUUUUUGCCAAUUCGGUUUUGGGUCCUAUUGAGAAUCUUACUAACUGGAAGAAGGGAAUCAAGGUAAAAACUGAUAAUUCUUGCGUAGAAUUGAAGGAGAGUGAGAAGGAGAAUUUGAUACCCUUCAGCGUAGAGGAGCCUAGUUUGAACAAAACCAUUCCAAAACAGCAAAAGCGAAGUCAUUUGAAGGCAGGAGGCUCUCCAGUUUCCGUUGACACGAGCCUCUCCAAUUGGUUGAUCAAAUCUGAUGGCGGAAGUUCAGAGAAUACACCUAUGUUAGCAGCAUUCACUUGCGAAGAACUAAAGCAGCAUUCUCCUGCUUUAUCGCCAAGAAUUGGUACUGCUGGGAGCUACGGGAGCAAUGCUGAAAAGAUUAAAAAUUCUUCAGAUUCAAACUGUCUCAUGGUAGAAUUUCAACAAACUUAUAAAGGACAAUAUAUUUAACCAUCAUUCGAGGCCUUUUCCGGAAAGAUUGGAGAGUGCCUGAUGGUUAUAGCUGCGGCAACUUAAGCAGUUGAAGUUAUUCAGAACAUUCAUACAAUUUGUUUGUUGCAGUGUAAAAUGUCUUCUUCUUGUCUGAUUUUUUGAUUAGCCCGUUGUUAUAAGGUCCCUUAUUUUU